ACAUUAGUAUCCCCACGUGGAGCGGCGGCUCUGAUUGGCCAGCGGACGCUUUGUGGGCUGGCCUCCAGUUUCGGUUAGCUGUGAGCGUGAAACCGCGUGAGAAAGUUGCCAUUGAGGUAAAGCAGAGCUAGACGGCGGACCGUCGCCGCAGCUGUGGGAGUUGUUGCUAUCAAAACUAACAACAUCUUUCCUCGUUGUUGUUGUUGUUGUUGUUUUUUUUUUCGAGAAAUCUAUUUUGGACUCAGCUUUGCAUCCAAACUCAGCGGGGAAGUAAAUAUUUCAGCUCUUGACGACUGUUCGACCGCCAGCUAGGAAACCGCGGCGAGUCAAGUGGGAAACUCUUCACUGCAAUUAACUUGUGUGGAUUUGUUUCUGAUGCUCGGACCGCGCCGACAGUUCGCGGCUGCCUGUCGACCGUCCUACCGGCUUGAAUUCGCUCUUGUUCGCUCGGUUCGCGUCUCCGCGCUCGGAAUACACCGGAUUCUACACAAAACAAACGCCAGGAGUGAUUGAAGUGGCUCCAGCCUGUUUUUUUUUUCUUCCCCCCUUCUUCCUCUCAUUUCUCACCUGGUUCUUACCCUCCUCCUCCUCCUCCCCCUCCCUCUCUCUCUCUCUCUUAGCUGCCUCCAGCUAAUGAGCCGUUUCCCGUGUUUUUCCGGUUGAUUUACGGCCGCGCUGCCGGUGGAGCGGAGGAGAGACAAGGACCGAGAGGAGCGGGGAUUCAAAUUAAACAGUCGGUUUUGUUUGAAAUCAACGACAGCGGGUCCUCACGGCUGAUGGAGUCGUCUCCGUGAUCCGGACCCCCCACCCUCCCUCCCUCACAUCCUCACCGUACCCUCAUUUGAUCCCUCUAACCGGAGCUUUAAGACGGAAACGGUCACUUCCUCCCGGAGAUAACGAUGUUUCCCCAGGGGCGACACCCGACGCCCCACCAGGCUCCAGGCCAGCCCUUCAAGUUCACCAUCCCAGAGUCACUGGACCGCAUCAAGGAGGAGUUCCAGUUUCUUCAAGCUCAGUACCACAGUCUCAAGAUGGAGUGCGAGAAGCUGGCCAGUGAAAAGACGGAGAUGCAGAGACACUAUGUCAUGUACUAUGAGAUGUCUUAUGGCCUCAACAUCGAAAUGCACAAACAGACCGAGAUUGCCAAGAGACUAAACACCAUCUGUGCACAAGUCAUUCCCUUCCUCUCGCAGGAGCACCAACAACAGGUGGUCCAAGCAGUGGAGCGAGCAAAACAGGUGACAAUGGCAGAGCUCAAUGCGGUCAUUGGGGUACGUGGACUGCCAGGUCUUCCACCCACACAUCUAUCCCAUAACCAUGGUGGUGCCCCAGUGCCCCUCACCCCUCACCCUGCCGGCCUUCACCCCUCCCAGCUCGGUGGUUCAGCCGGUCUCCUGGCUCUGUCAGGAGCACUUGGUGCCCUUCCUCCCCAUCUAUCUGGAAAGGAUGUUGGCGAUAAGAAGCCCCACAUGUCCGGAGCAGACUCGCAUCCCACUGGACCUGAUCACCUGAGAGAUCGUGAGCCCGGCACAAGUAACUCACUGCUGCCAGAAAGUCUUCGGAACUCAGAUAAGAGACGCAACGGACCCGAGUUUCCAAAUGACACCAAGAAACGCAAGAUGGAGGACAAGGACUCCAGCCACUAUGAUAGUGACGGGGAGAAAAGUGAUGAUAAUCUUGUGGUGGAUGUCUCGAAUGAGGAUCCUGCCUCCCCUCGCGGCACGCCGCUCCCCUCCCCAAGAGAAAAUGGCAUGGAUAAAGCGCGUCUUCUCAAGAAAGACCCAUGCAGUCCAGCUUCAACUGCAUCAUCAGCUAGCUCCUCCUCCCUCAAGUCCAAAGAGAUGUCAAUGCGAGACAAGGCAGGUACACCUGGGCUAAAGUCAAGCACACCCACACCACGAGGUGACUCCACCCCUGGUCCGAGCUCCACUCCUGGAAUCCGGCCCAGUCUAUCAAAACCCCCCUCUAUGGAAAUACCGCAUCCACCCACUGCAGGUCUUCGGACCCCCCUGGCUGUACCAGGCCCGUACCCGGGUGCAUUUGGUAUGUUACCCCACGCAGCAGGGAUGAACGGUGAGCUGGCCGGUGCUGCCGGGGCUGCGGCCUAUGCUGCUGGACUGCACAACAUGUCACCUCAGAUGAGUGCUGCUGCCGCAGCCGCUGUGGCUGCGUACGGCCGUUCACCCAUGGUCGGGUUUGAUCCUCAUCCUCACAUGAGAGUUCCUGGAAUGCCUCCCAGUCUGACAGGAAUCCCUGGCGGCAAACCUGCUUACUCCUUCCACGUGGCGGCUGACGGACAGAUGCAGCCAGUGCCGUUCCCCCCGGACGCUUUGGUGGGCCCAGGGAUUCCCCGCCACGCCCGUCAGAUCAACACACUGAACCACGGAGAGGUGGUGUGCGCCGUUACCAUCAGUAACCCCACCCGACACGUUUACACAGGAGGGAAGGGUUGUGUGAAGGUCUGGGACAUUAGUCACCCAGGAAACAAGAGCCCGGUGUCACAGCUCGACUGUUUGAACCGGGACAAUUACAUCCGAUCUUGUCGUCUCCUCCCCGAUGGUCGGACGCUGAUUGUGGGAGGCGAGGCGAGCACGCUGUCAAUCUGGGAUUUGGCCACACCCACUCCCAGGAUUAAGGCAGAGUUAACAUCAUCAGCGCCGGCAUGCUACGCGCUGGCCAUCAGCCCGGACUCCAAGGUCUGCUUCUCUUGCUGCAGCGACGGAAACAUCGCGGUCUGGGAUUUACACAACCAGACACUCGUUAGGCAGUUCCAGGGCCACACAGACGGAGCCAGCUGUAUUGACAUCUCCAAUGACGGCACCAAGCUGUGGACCGGAGGCCUCGAUAACACCGUGCGCUCCUGGGAUCUGAGGGAGGGACGGCAGCUGCAGCAGCACGACUUCACAUCACAGAUCUUCUCUCUCGGCUACUGUCCAACAGGAGAGUGGCUCGCUGUGGGAAUGGAGAGCAGCAACGUUGAGGUCCUUCAUGUCACCAAGCCUGACAAAUACCAGCUUCAUCUACAUGAGAGCUGUGUACUCUCCCUCCAGUUUGCCUACUGUGGGAAAUGGUUUGUGAGCACAGGAAAGGACAACUUGCUGAAUGCAUGGCGAACACCGUACGGAGCCAGUAUAUUCCAGUCUAAAGAAUCAUCCUCGGUGUUGAGCUGUGACAUAUCUGUGGACGACAAGUACAUCGUCACCGGUUCAGGGGACAAGAAGGCCACUGUUUACGAGGUCAUCUACUAAAAAUAUGGAAAGAAAAGCAAGGACAUUUGUUCUUUCCCACACACCCGAUACGUUUCUAGAGGUUUUCACAUGGAGCCAGACAUCGCAGACGAGUGCAACCUGGAUGACAACGUUGUUUUUGUUGCAUUGAUUUUACAUGCACAGAUCUUUUGACUCCACGUCAGCUGGGGAUUAAGUGGAGCAGCUGGAUGUUAAUGGAAGGAGAGGAGCUAUUCGGAUGUUUGUGUCUCUACUGCUUUCUGCUAGUGACUGCACUGGGAUCAGCUACAGGGACCAGACAAUGACUGAACCAAAGGGGGGCGCGGUGAUGUUUUUUUUUUUUUUUUUUACUGGAACCAACUUUUCUGAGGAACACUGUACUGAACAUCAGAUUUUUAAAAAGAACUGAUUCAGUGUCGCGACCGGGUGCAGAGAGCCUCGAAUAGACGAUGUGUAAAGAGACUGGGAGAGGAAAACGUGUACUGACAAAAUAAUGCGGAGGAGGAGGAGGAGGAGAAGCAACACAGUGAAUGCCGAACAUUUUCUUUUGUAUUUUUGUUUCAGACAGAUAAUGCUUACUGUUGAUCUCCCAGCUCUCACUCUCUGACCUUAGAACCUCAGCUUGCUGUUCUGAUAUGCCUACACUGUCUGAAAAGUAGCUUUUCUGUCUUAACAGUAAGUCCUAUCCUCACUAACUGCACUGUGGUGGAAGCUGUCCACCUACACGCUUAAGACAUACACACAGAGUGUGUUUUUAAAUAUACCCAAGGCCGUGCUGACUCAUCUAGCAUCAGGCGGUUGUUGAUACCUGUGACGGGUUGGUUUGAUCGUCAUGAGGCAAAGUUUGUAUCCAUAAUUUGUACCCGUUUCAAAUGCCACCAGACAACAUUGAUGUACUUUAGAGCUGCAACGAUAAUGAGUCGAUCAAAAGAAAAUUAGAGGUAGGGAAUUUGAUUCUGGGGAGAGAUAGUUAAGGCUCAUUUCCAGGUCAUCAAAUAUCAACGCUUGCCAUUAGAUCGGUAUUUGGCCUGAGGUUCCAGCCAUUAGUUCCAGUAUUUGACAGCCUGGUGAGAGACUCAACAUUGAACUGUCUUUCUCCAGCAUCACCUUCCCUGUAUUUAAUCGCCAGCUAUUUCGAUAAUGGAUUAAUUGUUCCAGUCAUUUUUCUUGCAAGAAAUGUCAAACAUAGGCUGAUUCCAGCUUCCUGAAUUAGAGGAUUUGCUGCGUCAGACUGACAAAGGGAGUCAUCGAUUUCGGCUCUUAGAAAUUGUGAAGAGCGUCUUUCACAGUUGUUUUUCCACAUUUUAAAGAUUAAACGAUUCAUAAAUAAUAAAAAAAUAAUUCAGAGAUUAUACUCUAAAUGUUGUUUGAGAAAGUUUAAUGUCAUUAUUUCUCCUGUUUGUCUGACGGUCCUGCUUAAAAGACCAAUUAGUGAAAACCUGAAGGGAAACAUUUUUCAGAGAUUGAAUUAAUUCUGAAAUUCGAUUGAUCCUCCUCGUCUUGUGUAGGUGUUUCCGCUGAUCGUUCCUCUACUUUCUGCAGGCAACUUGAGCUGACUUGAGCCGUCAUACUGGACUUUUCUUCCAGCUUCGUGCUCUUUACAUGAGCCGCAGUGUGUGUCACAGCUGCACGUGUUGCCAGAAUGAGCCCCACCUUUACUCACACUAUGACUGACCUGACCUAGAAACAUCAAGAGUUGGUCAUUAGUCAGCUGGACGAGGCUUCAGAGUUACUAAUCUUUUCCAUAUUGUCCUGCUGAAGUCUGGACAUGCCCCUGCUGUCUCUCUUACAGUAAGGGCAUAAAGAAUUCAAAUUAAAUUGAUUCUUUGAUUUGAUGUCUUCGCUGUUGUAAAUUCACCUCGGUCCUGCCUUUUGUAACUCUUUCAAACCAGCUAUACUUCCAAGAAGAUCAUCUCGACAAGUAAUUCCAGCUGGAAAAGUUCUCUCUACCAUGUUCACUCAACAGACGUUUUCAAAACAGAGUUGCCUUUUUUUAAACAGUCAUUUAUUUCUGCUUAGUUUCUUGAAUGUGGGACAUUUUGUGAAAUUUGCCUUGUGUCAUGAGGUCAUUUAAGACUACAAGUGAGAUUGAAUUAUUUGUCGAGGUGGUCUUACAGAGAAGAUUAGUGAAGGUACGGUUGUAUUUUCAGUUUCAAGAAGCAGUCGGUCAGUUCAGCCAUUUUUAAACUCAUUGAUUUCAUGACCUAAGUUUUUUUUUUUUCCUGGGGUUUUUUUUUUUUUUUUAAUCUUUUUUUUUGUCUGUUGAAUGUUUGUAAAAAUGUAUAUAUCUGUUUUUUUUUUCUUACAGGACAUGCUUUAGAAAUAACAAACUGUUUUUGUACGUCUUUUACAUGGAAAAGAAACGUCUAAUCAGGAGAAAUACUAAAUGGUCUUAAUGCUAGCUAAUCUAAAAUGAUUGAAAUAUCUAGACAAUAAAUGUGUUUUUUUUUUUGUAACUUGA